AGCUCGGGGGAAGCAGGACUCACUCCGCCAUCUUCACACUCACACAGAGAAAGGGGAGAGAAAAGCGUGCAGGUCUUGAUUUAUUGAGAAAGGAGGUGGCAGCCUGUAUGCCCGGUCUCCACAGAACCGUACAAGGGGACAGAGCACUUGGAGUUGAGGAGACUGAAACGUACCUGGCAUUGCAUGCUCAAGGCUGCACCAAGAGAAGUGCCCAUCACUUGGCCAUACCCAAGUGCCCAAGAAGAAAAAUUGGAUUCAUAGUUUUCUAAAAUUUUAUCAUCAAUUAUUGUAAUUGUGUGUGUUUACGAUUUUUUUAUUUGAGUUUUUCGUAUUUUUCUAAAAGAAGAAACGAAGUAAGGCUGAGCCAUUGACUGGACACAGUCUGGGUACCCGAGCUGUCAGCGCGCGCUGACCAUCGCGUUCUGAUUCUUCUUUUUCUCUCACGAGGUGGAGGGACACUUGCCGGUGUUUGAUCUCAACUGUCACUCACAACGACCGUCAAUCAUCCAAGGAUAUUUCCCCCACGUCUGAUCUCUUUCUUUAUUCUACUUGGACAGAUCUCACUUCUCUCACACACCUUUUGCCAAUGGUGUGAGUAGCCUAAAGAGAGAAGGUGAAAUAGAAUUGAAGGUAGGCUAUAGCCAGGCUACCCACGGUCUCGUCACACACAAACACAGGGGCAGAGUGGACCGAAGAGACAAAACGCAAAAGACAUUUUCGCAUCUCCAAACGAGGGGACCACUAGCCUACAGCACGACGCCCGACCAACCACUCUCCCCGGCCGGCGGUCCGAGCGCAGGAGCCUCGGUCUUGUGGAGGUCCCGUGAAAAGUUGAGUGCCGAGCAGGAGGAGGCAAUAGGAGGGAAGCGAGCCCAUCCUUCAGAGUGCUGGUCUCCGGGCAAUGCCAGUGUAAAUGCCAGGGCAAUGUCCCGUCGCAAGCAGGGGAACCCACAGCACGUGUCACAGAGAGAAUUAAUAGCACCGGCGGAGGCUGACCAUGUGGAUGGCGGACUUUCCGUGUCUGACUCCCUCACCCAACCUCACCCCCACCCUCACCUUCAACCUCACCCCCUGUUGUCCCACCCGGCCCUGCUGGACCCCAGCCUAUCUGACAGCCUGGCCAUGGGGCUGGGGGACCACGACCUGCUCACCUGUGGCCAGUGUCAGAUGAACUUCCCCCUGGGAGACAUCCUGCUCUUCAUCGAGCACAAGAAGAAGCAGUGCCAGGCCCUACUGCAAGGUCCUGGCUGCUACGACAAGAUGGCCGCCGACCGCAGCAGCCCCUCCCCGCCCCACCAGCAGCAGCAGAACCAGGGUCGCCACGGUCACAGCCAGCUGAGGAAAGUGGUGGAACCGGUGGAAAUCGGAAUCCAGGUGACACCGGAGGAGGAAGAGGAUGAGAGGCUGAUGGUGACGCCCACCAAAGGAAUUUGCCCCAAGCAGGAGAGUGCCCUGGCAGGAGGAAGGGAUGAGCCUUCAAGCUACAUCUGCACCACGUGUAAGCAGCACUUCCCCAGCGCCUGGUUCCUUCUACAGCACGCCCAGAACACCCACGGCAUCCGCAUCUACCUGGAGUCCAACCCCUCCAGCGCCUCGCUCACCCCCCGCAUCACCAUCCCCGGGCCCCCCAUGGGCCAGGACUCCAUCCCCCAGUCUCCCCUCACCAAUUUCCUGGGAGAGAGCAGCCCCUUCCACCUGCUGAGGAUGACCGGGCCCAUGCUCCGAGAGCCCCCUCCAGGCUUCAUGGAGAACCGCGGAGGCCUCCCCAACACACCUCCCUUCGUCAGCCCCCCACCCCGCCACCACCUGGACCCCCACCGGCUGGAACGCCUUAGUGCCGAAGAAAUGGGGCUCAUCUCCCAGCACCCCAGUGCCUUCGAGAGGGUGAUGCGGCUAACGCCGAUGGCCAUCGAAUCCCAGUCCAUGGACUUCUCCAGGCGGCUCCGGCAGCUGGCAGGGAACAACAACGUGGCCACCCCUCCUCUGUCGCCCAGCCGGGUCAACCCCAUGCACCGCCUGCUCAACCCCAACCCCUUCCAGCCCAGCCCAAAGUCUCCCUUUCUCAGCACCCCGCCCCUGCCGCCCAUGCCCCCCAACAGCACCACCCCGCCCCAGACGCAGGCCAAGAGCAAGUCAUGCGAGUUCUGUGGGAAGACCUUCAAGUUCCAGAGUAACCUGGUGGUCCACCGGCGGAGCCACACCGGGGAGAAGCCCUAUAAGUGUCAGCUGUGUGACCAUGCCUGCUCCCAGGCCAGCAAGCUGAAGAGACACAUGAAGACACACAUGCAUAAGUCUGGUUCCAUGACAGGACGGUCUGACGACGGGCUCUCCACCACCAGUUCACCGGAGCCGGGCACCAGCGACGUGACAGGAGAGGGCAUGAAGAACCGAGAUGGAGACUUCAGGGGUGAGGGCGAAGAGGAGGAAGAGGAGGAGGAGGAAGAGGAGCCGGAGAACGAGAGCAGGCCGGAGUCAAACUUCAGCAUGGACAACAUGGAGUUCUACCGUAACCGUGAGAAUGGCUCCAAGCCGCCAUCAGACGAGAAGAAUGCCCUCUCUCUGGGCAAGAUGGUGGAGAGCGUGGGCCUGAGCACUAUACAGCAGUACAAUAACUUGAUAGUCGACAAUCGUAAAAAUCGGAUGCUCUUCUCCAAGAGGGGGUCCGACGGGCAGCGGGACACUGGGGAUGAGGACUCUGUGGUGGGAGAGAUGGAGAGGGAGCACCAUCACCACCAGAUGGAAAGGGACCACCAGAAGCCCACGGUCAACGGCAGGAACUGUGGCUCCGGCGACUCUUUCUCAGGCCUGUUCCCCCGCAAACCCACUCCCAUCACCAGCCCCUGCUUGUCCAACUCCUCCAAUAAAAGGAUCAAGAUUGAGAAGGACCUGGAAAUGCCCCCGGCGCCCCUCAUCCCCUCCGAGAACGUCUACUCCCAGUGGCUGGUGGGAUACGCUGCCUCACGACAUUUCAUCAAAGACCCUUUCCUGGGCUUUACCCACUCCAGACAAUCUCCCUUUGGCACCUCCUCUGAGCACUCGUCUGAGAACGGCAGCCUGCGUUUCUCCACGCCUCCCGGGGACCUCCUGGAUGGCGGCCUGUCGGGGCGCAGCGGCACAGCCAGCGGGGGCAGCACUCCUCACUUGGGGGGCCCGGGACCUGGCCGGCCCAGCUCCAAGGAGAGCCGACGGAGCGACACCUGCGAGUACUGCGGCAAGGUGUUCAAGAACUGCAGCAACCUGACAGUGCACCGGCGCAGCCACACGGGAGAGAGGCCCUACAAGUGCGAGCUGUGCAACUACGCCUGCGCCCAGAGCUCCAAGCUCACCCGCCACAUGAAGACCCACGGGCAGAUGGGUAAGGAAGUAUACCGCUGUGACAUUUGCCAAAUGCCCUUCAGCGUGUACAGCACUCUCGAGAAACACAUGAAAAAGUGGCACGGGGAACAUUUGAUGACCAACGAGGUCAAAAUUGAGCAAGCCGAGAGAAGCUAAGCCAGAUUUUCCUAUUUUGCCUCUUUCGCCACACAUUGACUUAUAUAUUUAAAAAAACAAAAAUACAAAAAGGGGUAGCUGGAUACUCUUUUUCUUAAAUAUCGAAUUUUGGGUUAAUUUUAUGUUUUUGCCUGAGAAACUGCCAACCGAGAAAAACAAUUAAACAAACAAACAGAUAUUAACAGCACCAAUUGAAGCCGAUCUAAACUGCCUCAUUUGGCUAAAGAUCAUUUUUAAUGGUCGGUCAGAGGCUGAAUUAAAUGAUAACAUAUGUGGAGCCUUUAACUGUGCAAUAAUUUCUGUAUUUAUUGGAUUUUGUAAUAUUUUGGCAUGUGCAGGUACGUUUUUAUUUAGUCAUUUUAAAUUUGUUUUACUUUUUAUUUUAAUUGCUGGGAUUUGAUUUGUAUUAUUUUUCAACCCAGAGGAUAUCCUGAGAUUUUUUUGCAGACAAAAAAAACAAACAUUUGAAUACUCUAGGCCGCUGCUCAUAGGAAAUUGUAUAUUUAAAGCUACACGUGUAAUUUCUUGAAGAGAAGCCAAAUUGACUAUUUUAAUUUUUAGAAAGCAUAACUGAGAAAGCUAUUUUUUGCUUGUUAUACACGACAGGAUAUACACACGCGGACAACAAUCCUUUGGCGUUGUGGCGCGAACUGACUUUAAACAUGUCAAUCUAAUUAGAUAUGUAGCACUGAAUGUCAAUUAUGACGGUCAGUCUAAAGUGAACAGAGGUUCACAAACCCUGCCUCUUCCCAAGUAAAUACAUUUAUUAAAAAGAAGGAAGAAAAAGAAACCGGUUACAACAAAGGCAGCUGCUUGGCGGUACCUAGUACCAACCCGGACGGAACACGCUAGAAAAACAGAGAUACUGCUUAUGUAUUCCUAAAGAAGCCCCUCACAGUUCUCUCACACUGUUUACAUGUAAACAAGCCUGUCCUAAACUCACCAUAACUCAUCCUAAGCACAACAUACCUGCUGUGACAAUGCAAGUACUGAUGUUUUGUUUUGUUUUGUUUUUUUUGUUUUUGUAAAAUCUUUUAUCACACAGUUGUAGGAUGGCUAAACCGUCGGGCUAAACUGCGCAGCUUUAUAACGAGAGAGAGCAGGGAGAUCUUAGGGUGAGCUAUAGGGCCUCUUUCCUCUCCUUUAUUUUCCCAUUCACCCCCCCCCCUCAUUACCAUUCCGUGGAUGAGUUGAACACACAUGCCCAUGCCCACCGAUUACACCCUCCCCCAAUCCCCCUGUCUCUGAUACUCACUCCCUCUCACUCCUCUGCCAGCUGACGAUUAAAACACCCAGUACUAUCACUAGCUCCCUGUCGGACACUCAGCACAGAGUAGCAUCACAGAGAGUCUCAUCACCCUCAGUCUCAGUCAGGCUGCAGUACCUGGUCAGCCAUUUCAAACUGCAUUACGAUAGACGCAUACUUCAGGGACGCUGUGUCUUUUAAAUGUCCCUCUUUCCCCCUGUUUUGAUCACCAUUCAUAUUUAAUGUUACUCUUGGUAAUCAUUUUUUUUUUGUAAUCAAGUCCAUAUGUCAUCUACUGCAUUGUUCAGUUUAGGAAGGGGCUGUGGGUAGUGGUGGUCACAGCCGUGGCGGAUUAGAAUGACAUAAAAUGGAUUUAAAUAUUAUUGCUAAUAACUAUUACAUUCAGUGACAAUGUUUAUGAAAUCACUUGAAAACAGCCCUAUGCAUUUUGUUCUAGAAAUAUCUAGCAAUCGUUUUGAAAAUGAAUUUAUACUGUAUAGUAAAAACUCUGAUUGUAUAGUGUGCCAUAGUCAAAAUGUUUAUGAUGUUGACUUUUUCUUCUGGAUAAAAAUGGUUAAGUCCCCUGUGAGACAGAACCAGUGGAAGUUACUUAGUGAUAUGCAGACCAGUAAAUUGCACAGUUCUAGAUACAUACAGUGUCUGUAGAAGUCUGUUGAGCUUGUGCCCAAACAGUAAGUCUAUUUUUUCUUUCUUUCCUCAUUCAGGGCUCCCUGUGAUGUGUAGUUGAACGCAUUCUGAGAGAAGUAGCAACUCUGACACACACAGAAUGCACAGCUGAGUGAGCUUUUUAGGAAAGAUUUUUCGGUCUUCAGCAAGCACCAACCUUUGCCCAAAUCACCACUCCCUGUUAUUUUGAAUAAUGUACCCCGUCCUACCCCCUGUUCCGAUCCCCCUCAAGUUGACCUUUGACAUCCAAGUAUUUUUUUUUUUUUACAAUUUUUUUUUUUAGAAUUGAGGUAAAAAUAUGUCAUUGAGAAGAAAUAGAAAAACAUGAACAGCUAUUUGCAGAUGACCCGCACUUUAUGAUUUGUCUAUUUUAUUUUAUUUUACACACAAAAAAGAAAAAGAAAAUUGAAAAUACGGCUUCUGAGCAAGAAAUGACUUUGACUGGAUUUAUUCGGCCAGGGUAACGGGUUCUAGAGUUUGGAAUCAGUUGAGAUUGAAGUGCUAGCAUUGCUAUAGGCGUGGCUUUCCCAAUGCUGGCACUAUAAAAAUGAGAAAUUAAUUUAUUGGGACAGGUUUUAUACUGCCAUUCAAUUUGACAUGAGUGUGCCUUGAAUACUGAUCUUCCUAUUCACCGUCUCUCAAGACAAAUGCAACACUUUUGUGAAGCAAAGGAAUUGAACAUAAUGAAAACAAUGUAUCAAAUUUAUGCGUCAACUUAGUUUCUAAUUUGAUUAUGAAAUGUCAAUAGAAUAUCAGAGAUUACUUAAAAAAAAAUUAAACAAAGCUGCAUUUAGGUUAGGAGUACUCAGCACAACAUUGGUGUGUCUGUGUGUGUAUAUAUGUAUGCAUAUGUACAUAUAAAGGCACAAACCUAUAUAUAGAUAUAUAUCAAAUUCUUCACUUCAGGACAAGACUGCGUCCCUAGAUAGAAACAUGGUCAGAGUGGAUUGUUAUACCACACAAUAGUCAAGGAAGAGACUGGACAAAAAAAUCAGGAACUGCAGAAACAAAACAAAAAAUAAUUUAGUGCACUCUGUCUUAAAAUACGUUUACAGUAUUGAAACAAGUACAAGGGUCAAAUAAUAAUUGUGUGUAUGUGUGUUUUUAAAAAAAAGUAUUUUUUUUUUCAAGUUUGCUUAUACCGUUUCUCUGAAUGCCAUAGUGGCGAUGUGUAUAUUGUUUUUUUGGUGACGGGGUUUUAGUAUAUAUAAAUAUACUGUAUAUGAAUAUAUAUUACAUUUUUCUUGUUUACUGUAAAAGUAUACCAGUAUUUGUAAUAUUGGAGAAUGCCUGGGCAUUUUACAAAAAUAGAAAAAAAUGUUGUUUUUAAAUUUUUAUUUUGCAGUCCAAUUUAAAUUGUGGGUCUCUUAAAAUGUUUUUGUCACUGUACCUGUAAAAGUCUUAAGUUUUAGUAACUUUUAUUCUGCCUUGGGUGUAAUAAUAAUAAUUUAAAAAAAUGAAUAAAAAAAAGUGAAAUGUAACAAACUUGGAUGGGGGGGGG